AUGGACUUUCGACCGAUAGACAAUCCUUUCGCCAUCGAGACCUUGGGGGAGCCAUCUUUCUUCAAACUCCAGUCUUUGGAGCCGCUGGAACGUUUUCCUUGGGACGACAGCCUACCAGACCUGGCUCAUGGUAACUUUGAAAACCAAUCGCACGUUUUCCUUAAGGAUGAAUCAAACAUUUAUGCAUUGAAUGUAUUUGGAAAUGAUUUCUCAGAUUCAGUCGACUCACUUCCUGAUUCAUCUCUGUCGAGUUGCUCAGACGAGAAACAAAGUUUCGACUCGGACCGAUGGAGCGAGAUUGAAGAUAUCUGGGAACUAAAAAGCAUCUCUGAACCUUUUCGAGAUGAAGCCCUGCUUAAAUCCUGGGAUACCUUUCCUAAUCACCGCCGAUCACAUCAAAUAUCUGGUCCUGCGUAUCUAAGUGAGGCUGGCUCAGCUGGUUUCGAUGCUGCUCUCGCCUUUCAGUCGAGCCAGAGUGGCCUUGAAGACUCGGGGCGGGUAGUAAGGACGGAUAUAUUUAUGCUAGCCCUUUUCAAACUGAGCAUCGGCUGGAACUCUAUCUUCUUUCGAUUCAAUGAGCAAACGCGGAAAUUCGAAAAGUCGAUGAAAGACGUACGCAUAUCGGGGAUAAGCCUGCCAUCCUUGGACACAUUCAUUAAUGAAGUUUUAGAGUCUGGAUCUCAGACUCGCCAGAUUAGAAGGUUUCUUUCUUCUAUGCCUACUAGGGCCGAAGCACCUGCUGCCUUGGCUAAUCUCUCCCGUGCAGUUUAUGUAUCACUGUAUUCCCUUGAAAGUCAGCUUUUUGAGCGAUUCAAGUCCAAACCAUCCCUCCUGGAGAGCCAAACGCUCCUCAGACGCUCACACUGUAUGGUCAAGUGCCUUGCGGAUAUAAUUGAGACUGUGGGCGUCGCAACAACGGAAGCCGAAGUCAUUUCAUCCAUAUUUGCCAAGUGCGACCAUCUUUCUCAAGAGUUUCUCUGGCUGACUGAUAUUUUGCAUGAAAUACUGAGUGCAACAGCGGGAAGCUGGCUCCUCCGCAUUGCAACAUCGAUCGGCCUCCAUAACAAUAAUAUUGAACCUGUUAAACCAUCCGGGAGCCAUCAGCUGCAUGGGAUAAAAGGCGGCACAGAAUUAUUGCAAGGUUUCGAAACAGAAUUGGGCAUUAUUUGUCCUACAAUGCCCAGCAUUGUGAGUUCUGAGCAUUCCGACGCAAUUCUUGAGAGCACAAAAAGCCUUCAUUUUCUACGUCGUUUUCACCCCGACCACCCACUGGCUCAGCCAUUGAGACCCGAGAAACCGCCCCGUCCGCCUUUAGAAUGUGGGUUUACAUGGAAUGAUAUGGAUCGCAUCCAGAAAAAAGCAAAGGAUUAUGAAGAGGGGAUGCGCCUGGAAAUUCUGAAGUAUAGUCGAAAGAUCCAAGGGGUGGCGGAUCUGGGACAAGUAGGGACAUCUCUGACAACGGAAGGAGAAAAAGAGACAGAGCAACGCGAUAGUGAUGAGCCGAUCAGAAACGUCUUCGAACUUUCGGAUUUGGACCCGGACGCCAACCGAACCCCUGUUCUCGAGCAUCGAGACUCUCUUUUCUCUCACAAGCUUCACCAGCUAAUUUCGAAAAGCCCUUGUGUGAACAUUGAGGAAAGUCUGGGCGUCGACUUACCCUUUGGCCCGCCAUUAAUGUCAACACUCUAUAUAUCUUUUGCGUCCCCUAUAUCGUCGCAGGCUCGUCUUAUUAACUUUUCGUGCCUUCAUCUUCUUUUCAAAAAGCAUAAACUAAAGGAACACCUACAUUUACAGUGGCGCUUUCAGCUCCUUGGAGAUGGUGCAUUUUUAUCCAAAUUGUCUACAACGCUUUUUGAUUCCAAUGUACAGAGUAGCGAGAGAAAAGCUGGGGUCGCUCGUGGCGGCACGUCCACAGGCCUCCGUCUUGAUAGCAGGGAUACUUGGCCGCCUGCGAGCUCUGAGCUCCGGUUGGUCCUAAUGGGUUUACUGGCCGAAUGCCAUGCUGAAUAUGCGAAACCCGGCUGCUCUACACAGUUGGGAACGCAAAGUCCAGCCAAAGAACUCCCCGGAAAACUAAGCUUUUCGAUUCGAGAGCUCUCCGACGAAGAGCUCAUAAAGUGCAAGAAUCCGAACUCCGUUCAAGCACUCGACUUCCUUCGCCUUCAGUAUACCCCCCCUCCCAUGCUGGAAAGCGUUAUCACGUCUCGAAGUCUCUCCAAGUACGAUCGCAUUUUUAAGCAUCUGCUUCGGCUACUAAGGCUUCUCUCCGCAACCCGUGGUCUUGUUCGAAAGUUGUGCAGUCUACCUUGCGAACAAAAGUUUGCCUUUGAAGCAUUGCAUUUUGUGGAAGCAAUUGGCGAGUAUUGUUUUCAUGUCUGUGUGGGCGGCCUGUGGCACAAAUUCGAAAGGACAUUGUCCAGGAUUGAGAAAUGUAUUGAUGAAGGGGAUAUUGAUGGCACUAUUGAGCAUGCGAAAAGCCUUAGUAGACUUAGGGAGCAUCACGAAGAUGUCCUCGAUCAGAUGCUUUUCGCUAUGCUGCUGAGCAAGAAACACGCAAACGCAAAUGCUCUUUUGGAAGAAAUCUUCGGCACCGUGCUCACCCUUUUCUUACAGUCAAAGUCAAGACAUCGAGAGCGUUCACCUAUUUUCUACGAACGGUCAAUCCGGGAACUACAUUUGGUCUUUAGAAAGCAGGUCAGAGGUUUCAUUAGCUUUUUGAGCAGUUUGGGGAAUGUGAAAUCUACGUUCAAAAAGGCAAGACAUCAUGACCUAGCGGAAUGGGGUACGGGACAAGAGGCAAAAGUCGAUAUCGAUAGUGUUUUUGAUAAAUUACUCUUGAAACUCGACAUGACCGGAUUCUACCGCACAUAG